UUAUUUUAAUCAAAUAAUAAUUAAUUGUGGCAGCAUAACAUUGGAUCAAAAGAACACCCAAUUGUAUAUUAUUAAUGCAUAUUUGGUCCUCGACCUGGUGUACUGUUCUUUGAUGACUUCUGUCCGUGCAGGUGUCUUCCUGUUGCCUUACUGUUUCUUUGCCGUUCUGUGUGGCGUGCCACUCUUCCUGAUGGAGACUGCGAUUGGUCAGUACACACAGGAGGGCGCCAUCACCUGCUGGACCAAGCUCUGCCCGCUGGCACAGGGGUCCGGCUAUUCUACCAUUGUGAUCCAGCUUUAUUCCAGAUUCUAUAUCAUCAUCCUGGCCUGGGCCCUCCUCUACUUCUUCUAUUGUUUCAGAGACCCUUUGCCCUGGGCCACCUGCAACAAUCCCUGGAACACAGACAGAUGUGUGGAGCUCACCUCCACGAACUGGACUGCAAUACACGGGGGCAACCUGACAGUAAACUGGACAUCUGGAAAUCUCUCAGAGUCAUCGGCCUCUGAGUUCUGGCAUAGAGGAAUACUGUCCAUGUCUGGGGGAAUAGAGGAGGUCGGCUCAGUGAAGUGGGAGCUGCUGCUGUGUCUCCUGGCCUGCUGGGUGGCCUGCUACUUCUGCAUCUGGAAAGGGGUCCGUUUCACAGGAAAGGUUGUGUAUUUCACGGCGGUGUUCCCUUAUGUGAUGCUGGCCAUCCUGCUGGUCAGGGGGUUGACGCUGCCAGGAGCCUGGCAGGGGGUGGUCUACUACCUGUAUCCAGAUCCUUCUCGCCUGGCAGACUUUCAGGUGUGGAUGGAGGCUUGCGCUCAGGUCCUCUUCUCCUAUGGUGUUGCAUCAGGAACCUUGAUCACACUGGGCAGCUACAACAAAUUCAACAACAACUGUUUCAAGGACAGUCUGUGGCUUUGUGUUCUCAAUAGCGCCACCAGCUUCAUCUCUGGCUUCGUAGUCUUCUCGGCUCUGGGCUUCAUGGCCCAAAAACAGGGAAUUCCCAUCGACAAGGUGGUUGAUUCAGGGCCUGGACUUGCGUUCAUAGUAUUUCCUCAGGCUGUUGCCAUGAUGCCGCUGCCUCAGCUGUGGGCCGCCUGCUUUUUCCUGAUGCUCAUUCUUCUGGGACUAGACACACUGUUUGCAGGUCUGGAAACUAUCACAUCGUCCGUCAUUGACAUGUUCCCGGGACAGAUGCGCAGACCUUGGCGCAGAGAAAUCUUCCUUUUUGUCUUCUGCUCCAUCAGCUUCAUCAUACAGAUCUCUCUCACCACUCAGGGAGGAGUGUACGUCUUCCAGCUGAUUGACUACUAUGGUGCCAAUGGAAUAUGUGUAGUAUUUGUGUCUGCGGUCCAGUGUGUGGCUGUUGGAUGGGCUUUUGGAGCUGACCGGAUGUGUGACGCGGUGCAACUUAUGACAGGACAGAGGCCGUGGGGUUAUUUCACACUGUGCUGGCGCUACUUCACCCCUCUGCUCUGCAUGGUUUGCUUCUUCGGCUUCUUCCUGAACCACCAGCCCCUGACAACCAGUGGGGGCUAUAUGUACCCAGACUGGGCCUACGGUGUGGGCUGGGCCAUCGCCCUCUCCUCCGUGGUCGCAGUACCCAUCUGGGCUGUCGUCAAGAUCUGCCUCACAGAGGGCACCCUCACACAGCGUCUGUCUGUCUUGUGCCGUCCGGUCGUUGAUCCUGUUGAUCCUGUUGACCCCGAGUCAAUCAAACGUGGAACAGAGAUGAAAACAAUGCCAGCUCUUUCACCAGAUGUGUUAUGACUCGGAAUGAAAUGUAAUUCUGGAUAUCUUGUGAACAAUAAGUGACUCUUUAUAAUAUUUGUGUGAUUAGCCCAAACUUUAUAGUAUUCAUUAAACAUU